AGUCACUUUUUUGCUUUUAAGAAGAUAUGUGAUCGUAAAUAAUUUUCCCUUAAAAGCUAGAUGACAAUUGUAUGAAUUUACAUUGGAAAUCACGUGUGUCAUAUAAUCAACUUUGUCAUAAGUAACCGAAAAUAUUCGGCCAAAGAAUGUGCUACCAAAUGGUUACAGGUUAGACACUUUCCCAUACGACUGAACAAAUUGCAAUUAUUGCAGUAGGUGUGCCUUCGUAAAAGCGGCGUAUUGCGACAGGUGCGCUGGACUGGUCAGCUGACCGAGUUAAGCCAAUCACGUCAUACAAUAUUCUUUGGACUGUGUUGAGGUAACCCCGCAUGGUAGUCCUUGCGCGGGGACCAAAAUGCUUCGAAAAGGGGGACUGAAACUCGAGAAACAUGGCGGCGCCCAUGGGACAGGGCAUGAGCCGGCUUAUUUUCAACAAGACAGCGGUAUAUCGUCGUUUUUGGAUGACGAAAACAUACAAUUCAUUGACAGCAAGGAGGAGGAUGAACUGGCAAAAUUUCAAGAUGGCGGUCAGGGAGUUGUUUCUGGUCUUGAGGAUGGUUCCUUGGCCUCCAUGAAAAAUAACAAAACACACGAAGGCACGUAUGACAGUCCUUCCAAUUUAAGCGAUUUAGAAACGCCAUUGAACGACCACGUCGAUGGAUGGCUAAAAACGAACGCUAGCAGUGCUGUAUGUUCAAUUAAUAUGACAGCAGGAGUUGCUGCAUUGUCAUCGUCUUCGGGUCAGGCAGCAGGCACAGAAUCUACUAGAAACAUAUCACUGUCACUCGGAACGACAGGUAUUCAGGAUCUUGUCAGUUCUAAUAACAUUAUCCCCAAUGAAAGUUCUUUACAACAGACAUCUUCCAGUAGUUUUAUUCUCAAUUCAUCCGAUGGCAUAUCAUCAAUAGUCUCUGUUAAACCAGAUAUGACUAAAUCUUUAACUCCUGGGUCAUCACAGUCUACAUUAUCUUUAGCUGGGAGUAACGACUCUGCAAUAUCAAUAAAUUCCUUAUUGGAACACGGUUCACAAGGAAUUCAAGAAUUCUCAUUUGGAAAUUUAUCAGAGGAUCGUAGUAACACGCUCAUGACACCACAAGAGUUAGAAGCUAUGCCAGAAAGAGGACUGGAAUUUGAGGAAUCUGUGGGACCAAGAGAUGCUAAACUGUCCUUGCCUAAUGGGGAUCUUGCUGCAGAGGGACAUUCCCAGGUGGAACCUGUCCAAACACAAACAGAAUCAUCAGAAAACGGCACCAGCACAAAUCCUCUCUCAUUGGCCUCUAUAUCCAUAUCCACAGAUAAAAGCUCAAAUACAACCCAUAUAGUACUCCAGACUCCUCAGGGGCUACAGGUAUACCAGUUGAACACUGCAGAUUUAACUCAAGCUACCAGUGCACUGGAGCAGCUGGGGGCACAUGCUACUACGCAAGGACCAGGAGCCGGGACCAUAGCAGUGGCAAACCUUAAAGAUGGUAUGGUGGCAAUUCCUUUAGAUGGUGCUUCUUUUAACACAAAUGGAAUUACCUUGGAUAGCAGUUUAAUCAGAGAUAAUGUCAGUGACAGUGAUACAUCAACCUCACAGAUGGCAGCGGGGAAGUGUAAAUGUCCAUAUGAAGGAUGUGACAAAGUAUUUAAAAAACCAGUGAAGCUCAAAAUUCAUAUGAUGAAACACACUGGUGAAAGACCGUUUAAGUGCCAAGAGAAUGGUUGUGAGUGGGCCUUCACUACAGCUUAUAAACUAAAACGACACAUGGAGUCUCAUCUUGGGCAGAAGAACUAUGUGUGUGACAUUGAAGGCUGUGGUAAAAAAUUCUCAACCAUUUACAACCUACGAACUCACAUAGAUCUCCACAAGCGCCCCAACUCCCACGUCUGCCCAGAGAUGGGGUGUGAGGCAUGUUUUGAUACCAGGAGAAAGCUGGACGCUCAUCUCAUGAAGAGCCACAAGGAUCAAGGGAAGAAGUAUAAGUGCCCUUAUGAAGGAUGCAAUAAAACCUUCUUUUCCCUGAGCUGUAUGGGGUCUCACAAAAGGGUUCAUCUACAAGACAGAGAUCUCACUUGCCAUUUUGAAGGCUGUGGCAGAGUUUUUGACAAACUCUGCAGGCUAAAGCAGCAUGAGAGAAUGCACACAGGGGAGAAGCCGUAUGUGUGUCCUGUUGAUGGUUGUGGCUGGGCGUUCACCUCCUCCAGUAAGUUAACCAGACACCAGCAGAAACACACCCAGGACAGAAAGUGGAAAUGUCCAGAUCCUAACUGUAACAAAGCCUUCCUGAGAGCUGAACACUUAAAACAACAUGUGUUGUCUCACUCUGGUGACAGGCCAUUUAGAUGUCCAGUGGAAGGGUGCUCAGCCACUUUCCGUGCCAAGUGUAGUCUUAGAGUACACGUUAAAAAACACAACCAACCCCAGAAGAAGGUGAUCUUCUACUGCCCCCUGGAGGGUUGUGAUAAGAAAUACAUCACCAAGAUCAGUUUGAGGAACCAUAUUGCCAAACACUACACCCAUGACGUCACAGACGGGAGUGGGUUUGACAUUGUGCCAAUUCUAGCCGAGGAACUUCAGGACAAUUCCUUGGAUGGUUACUCACAGUCACAGGUCGUGACCAGUUCAGGUGUAACUAUCCAUCCUAAUAGUGUAAUUCUGACAUCACCAGAUGGAACCUUGCUAAACCCUGCUGAUUUUAUUGCCACAGGUGACCAGUCCAUUGUGACGGCGGUCCAGUUUCCAAAUGAUGUGAUCACUCAUCAUGUGGGUAAUAAUGUGGUAACACAGCUCAUAGUGACUGAUAGCCACACAUCCAGCACAGACAGCCUGAUUACCACCACGGCGGCCACCUCCUCCUCUCCCACAGCCAAGAUAGCUAUAGCUACAGAUUCCUCAGCAGAGGGCGCUACAAGACUAUUGCAGGAGAACUACAGUGGCUCGGCACGCACAGAUUACAUGAGCAACCACAUCCUGAGUGAUAGGGCCAAGAGACGUCGACAACUCUUGAGGGAGAAAGCCAGCAUUGGGUUUGAUGAGCUGCAUUUACAAGAUCUUGCUCCCAAGUCCACAGACCUGGUGCCGCCCUCUAGUGGUCCUACCAUCGCCCCUCACGAGAUCCUCACGUCUCAUGCAAUCACCUUCAAAGACCCAGAGACUGGGACCACAUAUGUCCAGACACAACUUUUGCAGGACGACCCUCCAAACCCUGAGAUCUACCCCCCAGGGGAGGCCCACUCCCCCCUGAGUGGAGACCUGUCUGAUGGGGUGCUGCAGGAUGCGUCAACCAGUGACCACACCCAACCUUGUGUCAUCUUUACCAGCUCUACCAUCAACCUACAAGAUUUAGAAUAAACUGGACUAGUGGUCAACCUUAUUAUAAACCAUUUGUAAGAAAAAAACCAGUGUCGCUUACUCAAAAAUGUGCAAUACACCAAGUUUAAGUAUUAACCAAUUUUCUCACCUGAAAUUGGUGGUUUAAGUGAACAAGCUCAUCAAGAAAUGUUGUUGCUGUAUUGACUGUCAUAGUGGAGAAUUCAAUAAAAUUAACUUUUCACUUAAAAUCGGCUGUCCGAUCUCUCUUAAAUGAAAAAACCUAUGGAAAGAUUAAAUCAAGGUGGU